UUGACGUUUAACCAAUCUAUACACUACCCGUCGGACUCACUUGGAAAAGUAUUGCAACACUCAGUUGAAUAUUGCAUCACCUUGAAAAGUUUAGCAUCACCUCAAAACAACUACAUAUGUGCUGCUAUAUCUCAAAUUUCUGAAAAUAUGCAAAGGUACAGUCUUCAGCAAAUUUGUUCGGAAGGUUGUUGGCAGCACAAUGGCAAGCAGUUUGAUUCGCAAUUCUGUCGCUAGGUGACGCCAAACAUUAUUGAGUUCUCAUAUAAAAAAAAAACCUUCAAAUGAGGAGGGGUUGACGAAAAAUCGUGAAAUUUCGCGUUACGUAAUCAAUGGACAGCCCCAGUCGUCGAUAGUGUUGCUCUGCGUCAGUUGUUCAUGUAUAGUCCAUCGCAGGAGAUCAGUCAAACGUGGAGGCGCGAUCAGAGUAGCCGGAUCGGAAGGUUGCUCUUUUCGAAGUUUUAUCGGUGAUCGGAAAUCGGCGCGAAAGGUUGCGCGAUUUGUCCAGAAGUGCGAUAACUUUGUGAAUGUGACAUCCCAAAUAAAAGACAACCAUUACAUAUUGCUGAAGGAUAGAUGUCAUUUGAAAACCGAGAACUCUACUGCACUUAGAAAGCUCCAUUGAAAUAGGAAUGGCCACACAGGUUGAGGACAAGGUCAUGGCUAUGAACGUAGCAGCAGCCUCAAGGUUCAGAACAGCGGUAACCAAUUCUAAAGAUAGCUCCUGCCACGUCUUCUGCAGACGUUUCUUCAUCUGCAUACUCCUCGUUGCCGUAGUCGCCCUAUCGACGAUCGUCUACGUCGUCUACAACUACGCCUCCAACCAGUCAAACGUCUGUCACACUAAGGAAUGCCUCCGUUCGGCGGCUGCCUUCAAGCAGAACAUGAACCUCCAAGUGAACCCGUGCGAUGACUUCUACGCCUACGUCUGCGGAAACUGGGCCGACGAUCAUCCCCGUCCGGAGCAGCAUAAAUCCUACAGCUGGUACAACGAACGUCAGACGAAGAUCUACCGAAACAUACGAACCCACCUGGAAACAGAGGCCAGCCGAUCGGACCCGAAGCCGGUCGCCCAGGCCAAGUCCUUAUACAAGGCAUGUCUGAGCGUAGCUAAUCGGAAACAGUAUGGGUUUACGGCAGUUCAGCGUUACUUGAAGGAGUUUGGCCUUCCGUUGACUCCGACGUUGUUGAAUCGGACCAAGACUUCCGCCCGGAAGUACAAGUUCGACUGGAUUAGCUCGGUGGCUAAGAUCCAGAGAAAGCUGGGGUUGGACGUGAUCGUGGGGUUUAAUAUCGUACCAGACAACCAGAACAAAAAUCGAAACCGGUUGACUUUAAAGCAUCAAGACUUAUCUGACGAGUUGGAAUUCCCUGCCUACGAAUGGUCUAAGCUGAAGGGCAAGGCUCACGCCCGUCGGCCGGUCGCUGUACGGUCCAGCUCGUGGAAUACAGACGAAUCGGAUAAUGAAAGUUCCGAGGAAGAAGACGGAGAGUAUGAUGACGAUGACUUCGGUACAACUGAACUGGCGCAAUUGUUUGAGGCGAUAAUCAAGGCGAUUAACCCAAGCAUUAAUAUCAGCGGAAUGGAUGAGAAGAUGAAAUUCAUGACUGAACAUUUUCUAGAAUUUUUUCGGUUGCUUCCUGAGCCCUUAGAUUUAAAAUACGAAUCCGAGCCUGGAUACUACACCGUUCAACAGCUCCAGAAGGCAACUGAUCAUCACAUAAAGCCUAAGAAGCCGUAUCCUGUGUGGCAGCGCUACCUGGAUGAGCUGUUUGCCAACCAACCCGAUGCGAAACCUUCCGACGACGAGCAACUGCAGAUGACUCCGGAGAACGUCGAGUUCCUCGGAAAACUGAUCGACGUAGUAUCCGAUCAGCCUCCGGUCCUCAUCGAACUGUACAUUUGGGGAAUAGUAGCCACGUUUCUGGUGAACCACAAGUUCAACGAUGCCACACUGGAGGAGGACUGCGCCGAGGUGGUUCAAAACCUGAUGGGACUGGCCGUCAGCUAUGCCAUCGCGGACAAGAGCUUCAUGGAGCGGACCAAGCCUCGCGUAGAGCAGAUGUUGACCGACAUUCGGAACGAGUUCGACCAAAUGGUAUUGGAGACAGACUGGCUAGAUGGCUAUACGAAGCAUGCCUCGCUGGAGAAAUCCAAGGCCAUGAAGUCGUUGAUCGGGUUCCCCGAAUGGAUACUGAAUGUUCAGAAGCUGGAGGAACAUUAUGCAGGGCUGGAGAUCAAUCCAACCCGUCACUUGGAGAAUUGGGUUGCCGCGUUAGAGUCCAUAAACACGGGAAACCUGCGGUUGUGGAAGGUGGAGAACAAUGGGAUGUGGGACAUGGAUCCAACGGAGGUCAAUGCGUACAACAUCCUCGGUCGGAAUGCCAUCAACAUUCCAGUAGCCAUCAUCCAGUAUCCGUUUUACUACCUUGGAUUGGAUGCUCUGAAUUACGGAGCCCUUGGAGGUACCCUGGGACAUGAACUGACCCACGGUUUCGACAACGACGGCCGUCACUAUGACAAAUUCGGCAACGAAAAACGCUGGUGGUCCAAUCAUACCCUGCAGGAGUACGACAAACGAGCUCAGUGUCUAGAGAAGCAGUACAGCUCGUACUACGUGCCGGAGGCAAAGGCGUUUAUCAACGGCACGCUGACGCUAGGGGAGAACAUUGCCGACAACGGAGGCCUUCGGGAAGCGUUUCGGGCCUAUCGGUCAUACAUCAAGCGAAAUGGUCCUGAACCAGUGUUGCCAGGUUUUGAGAAUUUCUCUCAUGAACAGUUGCUGUUCAUCGCGUAUGGGAAUCAAUACUGCGAAUCGAUUAGUCCAGCAGAGGCCAAGCACUUGAUUAAAGACGAGCACAGUCCAUCCAAAUAUCGAGUGCUGGGAGUGCUGAGCAACAUGCCUGAAUUUAGCGAAGUAUUCCAGUGUCCCAGUGGCAGCAAAAUGAAUCCGAAGCAAAAGUGUCGGGUGUGGUGAGAUAUUGAAUACUUAAGAGUAACAGUGUAAGAUGUAAUCUGAGAUUUGAAAAAAUAUAGUGUUUUCCAUAAAUGUUUAUCAUGUUAUAAAUGUUCAUAUUUAUCACCUGUUCUGUUUAUACAUAAAUUGAAAACGAUGAAGUUUUAUCGUUAAACUAUCAACAAAGGGAAGACAGCUUUUGCUCUCGAGCAGGUCAUGAGCAGAUUUUGAGUAACUCUGAGCAACUCAGUUUACUCCGUACAGUGGUUGCUGUACAUAGCAACCAUAGUUUUCGUUUGUUUACGCAGUGAAACAUAAGCGUACGCUUGCAUGAUACUGCAUCGGUGUUUCAAGUUUUUCUAACCUUUUUGUUUUUGGUUUGUUAAAAUGUAGUACAGUAGACGUUCGAUAACUGCAACAUGUUUACGUUUCAGUUAGCGAACAAAAUUUGAUAACUGAAACGUCAGAUAGGCGUCAACAACCCAUCAAUUGACGUUAAAUGAACGAAAAAAUCAUUCGAUUGUUCAUUUGGGCUAACUUGGCGCACCGUUUUGAUGGAUAGCGGUGCGAUAACUGCAAAUUUGUUGCACUUACCGGACUUGCAGUUAAAAAGCAUUGCAGUUAAACCGUUUGCACCAACCGAACGUCUACUGUAAUAGAUAAUUUGCCAAACCUGACUAUCAAUCGUAACAUCUUGUCCGGAAAUGCAGAUAAACGCAAUUAAAAAUUUGAUAAAUCUACAGUUAAUUGUAAAACUCAACCAGUACUUAAAAACUGUACGACAGGAAUUAAAUCAUUCGUUUUUCACUCAAUUCACCAGCACUUGAAAGUUAUAAAAUACUGUUGUUAUUUCAGACAAACGAUCCGUAUUUGCUGAUCCACAUGCAGACCGGAUUUUUCUACUUCAACUUCAUGGCGAAAUUUUGCCCAGAGGACGCUAUCCGAGCUACGCUUUGAUCUGACUAAUAGCCACAAACAAAAAUUUCGAUAUGGUGCUAAGCGGUCAAAUCACAUGUAAACAAACAAUCUUCAAGCGAGUAAUCCUUUCGACACACUGAGAUAUUGCUGAAUGAGUGAGACCGAGUUUGCUCAGUCGAUUGUAGGUCAGGCCUUGCUUAAACUGAUUGAAUUGCCUUGGCUAAAACUUUGUGAUAAAUUGUAGUGAUUUGUUAGUUCUGCGUGAAUUUAUCGUUUGUUUACUCGUGGCUAAGAUAUUCAUCGCACGUGUUUUGUGCUGUUCAAUGCUUUGAAAGAAGAAAAGCAUGUUCGUGUACUAACAUUAAGCGUAGACACUGCUCUCAAAGGUGUUCAAUGGAUUAUUUCUGUAGACUCUGAAACUCGAAGGCAGAAUGGAAA